AAGCUGAAAUAGCUGACCGGUACAAGAUGUCUAAUGAGCUACUACCCACUUUCGAGCAGUUAAAAUCAACAAUUGAUACAACGAAGGAACAAUCUUAUCUUUCACCAAGCAACCGUGCUAAAGCCUUGGAACAUGAAUUGGAUCAACUUGAACAGAUAAAUUCCACCAUUGAUAAUGUCAUAAGCUCUAUGGAUGCGACUUCUUCCCAUAUAGAUACCGUCAUUUCCACUACAGACUCCACAGAUAAGUUGCUAGACCUUUGGAUCAAGAUUUUGUCCCAAACAUCAUACACUACUGCAUUGUUAAAUGAUAAGAGUUGGAAAGGAGUUACACAACAUGAAGAAGAAUAUGCUUCACAAUUAAGAAAGUUUGAAGAGUUGAAUAAAAAAUACACCGCUGAAAAGCAGAGAAGGGAACAAGAGAAAGAAUCUCAAAGACAGAAAAGACAAGCACUCGAGCAAAGAGCUAAAGAACGCGAAGACGCCCUGAGAAGACGUGUUUAUGGUAAUUCAUCAACUUCUACAAGAGGAAGUUCAGUUACAAGAAGAGGAACUACAAGUUCGAGAAGUGCUAGUGUUAGAGGGAGAGGAACCACAAAGGGGACUGUUAAAAGAUAAUUCUCCACUAUUUGUGACUCAUUGAUGAUAUGAGUUAUAAGGAUGUACAGAUAUACAGUCUAGUGAUGUUGAGCCUGAAGAUUAUGGGUGCUAUGUGACAGUUCAUAUUUUGCUUCAUGACUCUUAGUUAACUCAUUACAACUUGAUCCUAAGAACUCCCUAGCUUGUUAGAUACAUGGAAUGUUGAGGCAAGAAUCAAUAGGCAGGAUUUGACCUUGGUAGUCAUAUUAACGGAGCACUUG